AUGACCAAACUCUUCACCCCCCUCCGCGUCGGGCGCGUCGACCUCUCCAACCGCAUCGCCAUGGCCCCAAUGACACGCUUCCGCAACGACGACAACCACGUCCCCCUCCCCUUCGUGAAAGACUACUACGCCCAGCGCGCCUCAGUCCCCGGCACCCUCCUAAUAACCGAAGCAACCUUCAUCUCCGCGCGCGGCGGCGGCUACCCCAACGCCCCAGGCAUCUACAACGACGCGCAGAUCGCCGCAUGGAAGGAAGUAACCGACGCCGUGCACGCCAAGGGCAGCUACAUCUACGUGCAGCUGUGGGCGCUCGGCCGCGUCGCCAACAAGGACUUCCUCCAAGCCUCCGGCUACGACGUUGUAUCGAGUAGUCCCACGCCCGCCAGCGCCGACGCGCCGACGCCGCACGCAUUGUCCGAGGCCGAGAUCCGCGAGUGGAUCGCGGACUAUGCGCAGGCGGCGCGGAAUGCCGUUGCGGCUGGCUUUGACGGCGUGGAGAUCCAUGCUGCCAAUGGGUAUCUGAUUGAUCAGUUUACGCAGGAUGUGUGCAAUACGCGCACUGAUGCGUGGGGUGGGAGUGUUGAGGCGCGGGCGAGAUUCGCGGUUGAGGUUUCGCGCGCGGUUGUUGAGGCUGUUGGCGCUGAUCGCACGGGUAUUCGGUUUAGUCCUUGGAGUACGUUCCAGGGGAUGAGGAUGGAGGAUCCGAAGCCGCAGUUUGAGUAUUUGGCGGCGCAGAUGGCGAGUAUGAAACUGGCUUAUGUGCAUUUGGUUGAGUCGACCAUUGCCGGAAAUGCUUCUGUUGAGGCGAGUGAUGGGUUGGAGUUCUUCUUGAGGGUUUAUGGGAAGGCUUCGCCGGUUAUUAUUGCGGGCGGGUAUAAGGCUGAGUCGGCGGCUCAGGCGGCGGAUGUUAAGUAUGCGGAGUAUGAUGCUGUUAUUGGCAUUGGUCGUCCGUUUAUUUCGAAUCCUGACUUGCCGUUCCGGGUUCAGAAGGGGAUUCCGUUCGUGCCUUAUGAUCGGAGCACUUUCUAUAUUCCCAAGGAUCCUAAGGGAUACACGGAUUAUGAGUUCAGUGCGGAGUUCAAGGAGGCCAUUGGGGCUGCGGCUUGA